AUGGUCACUUUUGGAAAGACAAACAGACAAGCGGAGAAAGAGCAACCGCCUGUGUACGCACCACGGGCAGGUGCAGGUGCAUCACUCGCACCUCCAGUACCUACCAAAGACGAGAAAUGCCAGGACUUGCCACCUCCCUAUCCCUCUUCUCUACCACCAACAUUCCCAAUAGGAAACCACCAGACUCCUCCACUCGUCGACCUCCCGCUCGUCACCGCUCACCUCGCCGUCCUUCGUGCGUUCUAUACGCUCAAAGACACCGUCACCGAUGCCAGCAACUCACUCCCCGGUGGACCAGAAACAGCAGAGGAGAAAUGGGUCACAUUCCUGCAUCGUGCUGUAGCACGAUUCUUCACAUGGGGAGAACGUGUCGUCGCUCGUCGCGUACCCGAGUCGGGUCCACUACGUGCACACGAGCUCCCACCGACCGAUGUCCUCCUCGUCUGGCAUGCAUACAUGCUCAACCCACGGAACUACUACGAAGACUGCGUGCGGGGACGAGGACCACCAUGGGGCGUCCUUGGAGCGUUCCCACUCAUGCUCGCUGCUCAGCUCGCCGAGAAGCCUGUACCGGAGCAGAUAUCCGCGUGGACCGAAGGCACUGGGCUCGAGUUCGACCCUCCGCUCCAGACAGGACCGAAGGACAUGCACACGAUCCCCUGCCCCUCGUGUGAAGGGAGCAUCGACGUACCCUGGUUCGUCCCCGGCGAAGCAAAGACUGGAUGGGCGCAGCAGUUGUUCAAAGCUACAUGCCCAUCUUGCUCCCUCGAGUUUGGCAAGGAGGCUCUGGGUGUGCGCAGGUUUGCUAGAGACGCGUAUAGGUGCUCCACGAUGGCUCAGAGCGCGGCGGAAAAGACCCAACCGAGGUUCGCCCUGGCGGGCACGCUGCUCAACCCCCUUAAUGGGGAGGUCGAUAGGUACCGACCGCUUACGCUGAACGUGAGGUUCCUCAAGUACUAUGAGCUUCUGUGCAAAGACAAGCUCAAGUCUCCCCGGGAGAUUGGGCAAGAAGCUACCUGGCAUCUCGCGCAGAUCGAGCUCCGUAUCCGACUCGCAAACCGGAUUGUGGCGCCUACGACCCCUACUCCCAAGGCGUGGAAGCGUGUUCUCUCGCUGUACGCCCAUCCGGAGGAAGCAAGCCUCGACCUUGUAGGCGCGGUCGUACGCCAGGGGACGUUUAUCCAGAAAAUGCGAGACUUGGGGUGGACCGACCCCGGGAGGAUGGACGACCCUGCUCCUCUGAUCCGGGCUAUUGCCAGGUAUCACGCUUUCCUGGAUCUGAUGAGUGCUGGACCGGCGUUCUACGUCCCUACGCUGGAUAUCGAUUUGGCUUGGCAUACCCAUCAACUGCUAGGUGACGGCUAUCGCACGAGCUGUCUUAGACUCCUAGCCAGAGCACCCGAUCACGAUGAUAAAGUAGAGGAGAACACACUGAGCACGAGCUUCGAUAUCACUGCCAAGGCGUGGAGGGCACGGUUUGGGGUCCCGUACAGUGUAUGCGGGUGUAUGCCAGCUGACGCUUCGUUCGGGGAUAAACUGAACAAGUUCGCUUCUCGCCUCAAGCGCUCUAACAGUACUUCGGCGCUGAACAACCCCCGCCCCGACCUGCUCAGCACGCUGGACAAGGACUCGGAGCCUACGCAUGCCUCGGAACAUAAUGCGGUCAUACUCGCCAACAGCCCGGCGUUCGACAAACGCCGGCAGCAUAGGGAGAAGGUCUGGCGCGAACGGAUGGCUAAGGCUAAGCGGGAGGUCGAGCAGGGGAAAGCUGAUGCCUGGACGGCGAUGCAUGUCCGUAGAUUGGAGGAACAUCGCGCCAGGACCGGGGAGGCUUAUGUCCCUUACUGGGGGAUAAUGCCCUCGGGAUUCAUGGGCGCAGGGAUGUACUACUACCAGCCGGGGAUCGUCUACGGUUGGGGAGGGUACGGGGGAUGCGCUGCCGGUGCGGGCGCGUUCUGCGGUAUGAACGGGGGCGCGUACGCUGCUGCGUGUGCUGGCGGUGCUGGGGGGGCGUGUGGAGGCGGAGGAUCGUGUGGUGGGGGUGGCGGGUGUGGAGGAGGAGGUGGAUGUGGUGGUGGGGGAGGAUGCGGAGGGGGUGGGGGGUGCGGUGGUGGGGGAGGGGGAGGUGGUUGUGGUGGUUGUUGA